CUUUCAAGUUUGUAUUGCAUCAUCGUAUCUGUGAUAUUGAUUACAGCGCACACUGUUGGUUUUAAAAGUAUUGUGUUCACUUGUCAGUUAUAAUUGUAAUUGUUGGUAGCAUGGAGAAAAGUGGUAAUCCUCCCCCAUACGGAUGGGGCAAUGGUUAUCACGUGCAAGUGCAACCACCGCCGGCGGCGCCGCCGAGCUACUCGCAGGCGGUCGGGGGAGUCGGACCCUCCAGCCCCUACACUCCUCAUUAUCCUCCCACUUCCGGACCUCAAAUUGUAACUACAGUUGUACCAGUUGGACCACAGCCUACCCACAUGAUCUGCCCAAGCUGCCAUGCUGAAAUAGACACUGCCACUAAAACGAAACCAGGCCUGCUUGCAUACAUAUCUGGUGCUAUCAUAUUUUUGCUGGGAUGUUUCUGCGGUUGCUGCCUCAUCCCUUGCUGCAUAGAUAGUUGCAUGGUAAUACACCACAAAUGCCCCAACUGUGGGGCCGACCUUGGAUGUUAUCAACGAUAAGGAUCUACUCAGUGUUAUUAGACAUGUAAAUAAUAUAUAGUAGUAGGUAAAAUCAUUUUCAUACGAAACGAAAUUAACAAUGAUCUGAAUCCAAAAAUCUCAGCAUUUAAUUUUGCCAGAGAUGUAUUUUUAAGGAUGGUUUUUUAACAUGUUUAAAGCUUAUACUAC